AUGCCUCAUUUCACAAGAAACUACUCUGACUCAUUGAAGGCUUUCUACAUAGAAAACCAGAACGUUGGCCAAAAAGAUAGCACGGAAGAUUGGCGCAUUCGAGGAUACAACCCAUUGACACCACCCGAUUUGCUUCAACAUGAAGUCCCCCAAACACCCGAAUCCAAGGCAACAGUGUUGAAGGGUCGCAAUGAGUCUGUCGAUAUUGUUACUGGAGCGGAUAAGAAUGGCAGAUUACUGGUAGUCAUCGGUCCAUGCUCAAUUCACGAUCCUGCCGCUGCGCUCGAAUAUUGCGACAAGCUCGUGGCCCUCAAGAACAAAUACGAAGAUGACCUCUUGAUUGUUAUGCGCUCUUACCUCGAGAAACCAAGAACGACUGUUGGAUGGAAAGGUCUCAUCAAUGAUCCUGAUAUCGACAACAGCUUCAAGAUCAACAAAGGAUUGAGAAUCAGCAGACAAUUGUUCGUUGACUUGACUGCCAGAGGAAUGCCAAUUGCAAGUGAAAUGCUGGAUACUAUUUCGCCACAAUUCUUGGCAGAUUUAUUGAGUGUUGGAGCUGUUGGAGCUAGGACAACUGAGAGUCAAUUGCACAGAGAAUUGGCUAGUGGAUUGAGUUUCCCGGUUGGUUUCAAGAACGGUACGGAUGGUAGUCUCGGUGUAGCCAUUGAUGCUAUCGGUGCCGUGCGACAUCCUCAUCACUUCCUCUCAGUUACCAAGCCUGGUGUUGCUGCCAUUGUUGGUACAGUUGGCAACGAGGACUGCUUCGUUAUUCUUAGAGGUGGUACCAAGGGCACCAAUUAUGAUGCAAAGAGUAUUCAAGAGGCAAAGGCCGCACUUGAGAAGAACGGAGUCAGACAGAGAUUGAUGGUUGAUUGCAGUCAUGGAAACUCAUUGAAAAACCACAAGAAUCAACCCAAGGUCGCCGCUGUAUUGGCGGAGCAAAUUGCAGCAGGCGAGGAUGCCAUCAUGGGUGUCAUGAUUGAAAGCAAUAUUAACGAGGGUGCACAAAAGGUGCCAAAGGAAGGAAAGUCCGGCCUUCAAUACGGUGUGAGUAUCACUGAUGCUUGCAUUGGAUGGGAUGACACCGAAUCAGUCCUUGAAACUCUAGCGAAUGCUGUUAAGCAACGAAGAGAGCUCAAGACUGGUUCAAACAGGAAUUGA